GUUGCGCAUGCUCACAUUAUUGUAGCACACGUGAACGCGGUGUGGUUGGAGCUAUGUCUAAAUCAAAACAAAAACGAGCUAAACGCCUUGUUUUUUUGGGGAAACGCAAGAAUAACGAUGGGAAGAAUGCUGAUGCUUCAGGUGCCACAAAUUCUAAGGCGUCACAUCUGCAACAUGGCAAGGACAGAAAUCCAGAAGAAAUAAGAAAGCAAAGGCUUCAAGAACUCCAAGAAAAGCAGAAGAUCUCCAGAGAACAGCAAUUGAUGAAGAAGAGGAAUUUGCAAAGCUUUCAUAAUGACAUCCUUCAGAGACAGAGAGAGUUUGAGCAGAGGGAAACAGAGAUGCAGAGUUUGGAAAAACAUGUGCACUUUGAAAAUGAGAAUUCAAGAAAAGCAUAUUAUAGAGAAUUUAAAAAGGUAGUGGAGGCUUCAGAUGUGAUCUUAGAAGUUUUGGACGCACGUGACCCACUUGGGUGCAGAUGCCCUCAGGUUGAGCAGGCAGUCAUUCAAAGUGGAACAAACAAAAAGAUUGUGUUAGUGCUAAAUAAAAUUGAUUUAGUGUCAAAGGAAAUUGUGGAGAAGUGGAUUAAAUAUCUGCGAAAUGAGUUUCCAACAGUGGCUUUCAAGGCAUCUACUCAACAGCAGUCCAAAAACUUGAAACGCAGUAAUGUAAAGGUGACUCAAGCCACCACAGAGCUCCUCAGCAGCAGCGCUUGUGUUGGUGCAGAUUGCUUGAUGAAGCUACUCGGCAACUACUGCCGCAACCUUGAUAUAAAGACGGCUAUCACCGUCGGUGUCGUAGGUUUUCCUAAUGUGGGAAAGAGCAGUUUGAUCAACAGUUUGAAACGUGCAAGAGCAUGCAGUGUUGGAGCAACUCCUGGUGUCACCAAGUGCCUUCAAGAAGUGCACUUGGACAAACACAUCAAGCUUCUUGAUUGUCCUGGCAUCGUCAUGGCAACGUCAACAAGUGACGCUGCAAUGAUUCUUCGGAAUUGUGUAAAAAUUGAACAGUUGGUUGAUCCAGUUCCUCCCGUUGAAGCCAUCCUGCGACGUUGCAACAAGGCACAAAUUCUCCAGCACUAUGGAGUUCCUGACUUUCACACAGCUUUGGAGUUCUUGGCAUUGCUAGCGCGGCGGAAGGGGAAACUGAGAAAAGGCGGGCUACCUGACACUGACAAAGCCGCAAAAAGCGUAUUAAUGGACUGGACAGGGGGAAGGAUCAGCUAUUUCACACAUCCCCCUGAGACACACACGCUUCCUAUGCAUGUCAGCGCUGAAAUCGUGACAGAAAUGGGUAAAGCCUUUGAUUGGGAUGAACUUGAAAAAGGAAAUCAGGAAGUUCUUGCUGAUUCAUCUUGUUCUGAUGUUCAAAUGGGAUUCUGCAUCGAAAGCAGGGGGAUGACGAAUGGCAACCAGGCUCAAGCUUACUUUCACCAAGAAAUGGAAGGAGAGUUAGUGCAAGAGUCAAAUUCUAUAAAUGAAACAGAAUCAAUGGGGGAUGAUCAGGAUCCAGAGUUUGGAGCAAUGACGGUGGAGAUAAAAUCUCAAAAGUUCAAGAGCGUAUUGCCUAAAAAUGGUCCUGCAUCCAAAGCUCCAGAUUUGAAGGAUAUUGUUAAUGUAGAUCCUUUACAACAAGGUCAGGCACUUCUGGCUGCUCGCAAAAAGCGGAAGAAGCAACAAAAAAGAGCUGACAAACUUGGUACCAAGCUGUCAGACACCUUGACAGCUGCAAUGGAUUUCUCCUUUUGUGACAGUUGAUUAAAGAAAGAAUACUAAAAUAG